AUGGAUAUUUGCGCCUUCAUUCUGGAGACCUUCGGCUUCAUCGCCAACCUCGCAGUAACAGUUCUCCUCUUUCUUCUUCGCGCUAAGAAAGCCGAGGGUCUAGCACUCUUACCUCUUCUCUCCGUCAGCUGUCUAGCUUUCGAAAUCAUCAGCUUUGCUGAUGAUAUCAGCACACACAGCACUCACACUGGCAACGCCUUCCUUGACAGCCUGAUCUGCGUUCUGUGGAACACUCGUUUUCUCUUCUGGUAUGCCCUUGCUCACGUCUAUCACGGCUUCUUUUUCUUUGCCUGCAACAGAGUCCUAGACCUGCUGCAAGUCCGGAGGUACCUCAUUGUUACGGAGAAACAGCGUCUCACCGUCUUCAAGCUCUUGGUUUUCACUUGUAGUUUCUUCAGUGCGGCACCUCAGCUACUGUUAGCACAGCCGCAUUCGGAGGACUGUGUCUGUGCGUCACCGACUGGGAACUUUGCCAUUCUGACAAUGAUUUAUGCCCAUGCCUAUCUCUGGAUCGCAGUCUUCGGACUCAUCUAUCCCGCCAUUCUUGUCUACAUUUGCGUUGUUUUGGUUUUUCGAGUGCGAAGAUCAGAGAGGGGCGCGGUGGUGGAUGAAAUUGACCAUCUCCACUUUCCACAACCACUACCGGGAUCUUCCAGCACUACUGCAUCUACGCACCCAGUUGCCUCCUCAGCUCAGUCCAUCCCGAGCGGUGGGGAGAGGGCUGACUCCGUAGCUACUGUCACGGUUCCUCAUGUCUGGUCGGCCUCGUUUUGUAUCCUACCCCUUACUGCUGUCUACAUAGCAACCAUAACCUUUGAGGCGACCCACCAGUUUCUGAGUGUGGCUGGAAUUUUCCGUUACAACCUACGCAGUCCAGCUCAGCGAUUUAGCGGAAUAUUGGUGAAUCUCUUUGCAGCGCUAGUGCCAAUGAUUCUUUUUUUUCACAUCCCCGCGUUGCGGUCGCUGAUCUUUGUCGCAAUUGAGUCCAUGCAAAGGAGAUGUAGAAAGAUCAGGUUUUUGGACACUGGGCACUUGGAGUCGCAGGCGGAAUAG